UUGUUUGCAUCUGCCUAAGCCUGAAAUAAGUAUAAAUAUAUAUGCGCCAUGGUAAAAUUACACAACAUUAAAAAAUCUGAGGUUGGAGAGAGCAAAAUGUUAAGAAUUCCACGACCGCGGAGUAAUUUCGGGAGUCAGACGUCCAUCCGAAAUUCGAAUUUUUCUAGUUUGGAGACUAAUAGGAGAAGUUACGAUAAUUUUUUUUCGAGCAAUAGUUUUGAAACUUUUUAUCCUUCGUCGGACUAUAUUUCGGAGGAGGAGAAAGAAUAUAGGAAGUUUAGCAGAUCGAUAAGUGAGGUUAAUUCGUUGAGUAAGUCGCUACUGUCGGUUUCAGACAGCGAAUGCAGUACUCCUGUCGCAAAAAUUGGGGAUGUUGGAGGUAGUAGUAUAAUUGGGGAGGAUUUGGUCAUUCCUGGACCUUUUGGACCUCGGAAAUGCGUCUAUCUCGACCAGACCGCGUCAAACCGCGCCGUCGAAGAAAUAGAGGAUUUUUUGCGUGCUAAAGUUCUACCAAUUUAUGCAAAUACGCACACAACGAAUACUUACUGUGCUGCGCAAAUUACAACACUAAGGGAAGAAGCCAGGAGUAUAAUUCAUGACGAGUGUGGCUGUAGUGAGGAUGAUGUCGUAAUUUUUACCGGGUCCGGAACAACUACGGCAAUCCAUAAAUUUCUGGGAUCCAUUAUUACUCAGCAAAAAGACGGAUUUCCUCCUCCCCUCGUAAUUGUGGGACCUUUCGAACACCACUCCAACAUUCUGCCGUGGCGAGAAGUAACUGACCGAUUAAUCACGGUGGCUACAAAUUCGUCCGGGUUUGUCGACCUGAAGCAAUUAGAGGGCAUUUUGAAAUCCAUUCGGGGAAAUAAGAUGACGAAAUCCCGCCUGGUGGUUGGCUCCUUCUCGGCUGGAUCGAACGUUACUGGGGCGCUAAGUGACGAUGUCGCCAUUACCGCGCUUCUCCAUAAGUAUGGGGCUUUCUCGUUUUGGGAUUACGCCGCUGCGGCGCCACAUGUAAAAAUCUGUAUGAAUCCGAAAACUGGGAAUGACUCGCUGGACAAGUUGUGUAGAAAGGAUGCAAUUUCGUUUUCUGGACAUAAAUUUCUUGGCGGGCCGCAAACACCGGGUAAUAUAUUGAGCUGUACUACUUCCGGUCCAGAUAUGCAUAUGCCUUGUCCAAAGUACGCGGCAUUUAUUUUGUAGGUUGGAUAUUGUUAAAAAUAUACAUCGACCUUUCUGAUUUUUGAAAAUUUUCAUAAAACCGGUUUUUUUAUUUUCUCCAAACUCUUGUUUAAACUGAUUUUUCAAACUGGUUUUAUACCCGAUUAAUUUUUUUAAUAAUCUGAAAUUUACAAUACAACAAAUGCUAGACAUUAUUUUGCGAAAUAAAUCUAUAUGUAGCCCCGAAACGAUUUUUGCUAUGAAAAAUUGGUUUCCAGCUUUACUAAAAUAUUUCAAACUUCAUUCUGUAAAAUCGAAAACCAGUUUUGAAUACUCUCGUCUAAAGUUUCGAAUUUAUGUGAAAAUUAUCUUUUUAAGGAGUCUUAAUCGCAAAGAAAUCCGUAUUUCGAAACCCACCCCACACGGUCAUGGCGGUGGCACUGUCGUGUUCGUCACGCAGGCAAGACACCGCUAUCUCAACGACCUUGUAGAACGUAACGAAGGCGGUACUCCCGACAUUGUGGGGUCCAUUCGAUUAGGAUUGGUGUUUCAGCUACAAAAAUUAUCCGGAAUUGGAUCCAUCGUUCAAAAGGAAGGGGAAUUUACUAGACAGGUGAUUAAGGCGUGGAGAAAGAUCCCAGAAAUAAUUAUUUUGGGCCCAACAGAUGCACCACGAUUACCCAUAAUUUCCUUCCUAAUUUACAAUAAACGAAUGGAUUGCUACCUGCAUCACAAUUUUGUGACGACGUUACUCAAUGAUUUAUUUGGUAUUCAAAGCAGAAGUGGUUGCAUGUGCGCGGGUCCGUAUGGUCAACUGCUGCUUGGAAUUGAUGACAAGCUGGCGAAAGUCUAUGAACAAAUGCUCUCAGUUCCGAUAAGGAAUUCAAACGGUGAUGCUGCAUAUGGCGUAGUUUUUAAGCCUGGAUUCACCCGGGUUUCUCUUCCCUAUCACGCAUCUCAACAAGAAAUUAGUUAUUUGAUUGACGCCGUAAUGUUAAUUGCAACACAAGGAUGGAAAUUUUUACCUUUUUACGAAAUGAAUAGUGCAACUGGGACAUUUAAGUUUGCUUCAAAUUUACACCAACACAAUACUUUGAAUCAUCGAGUAAGUCUUAAAACCUUCGGAUCAGAGCGUGUUGCCUCAUCGGAUAAGAAUAUUGAUUUGGCGCCAGAUUUUGAGAUGGCGUUGAGCUAUGCAAAACAUUUACUGGACAGUGUUGAACAGGUUUUGGUACAUUCUGAUAUUACGAUAUCAAACGAAGCCUUUCCCCAAGAUUGGUAUCCGUUCCGGUGGUUCCUGCUUCCGUCAGAAGCUCUUUUCCUUAUCCGGCAUGGAGGAAAAAUUCCGAAAUAUUCUAAAAAUCCCAAUAAACUGCCAUUUAUUCCUAAAACAAAUUAUAAAACGAACAAGUACAACUGGAUUCUUGGCAGUAUUCCUAACUCGGUAAGACAAAAGAAGCAUUUUGAAGGCACGAGGAAGGAAUUGGCAUUUUUAAGUACGCUGAAAUCGCAAAGAAGUCUAAAAUAGGACAAUCAAAAUAUAUAUUUUGAAGUUUGUUUCAGAGCAAAGUUCAUAGUUCGAAAGUAUGCAUUUAAGUUCCUGAGUUUAUUCAUUUGUCUCAUACUUUCAAACUAGAUCCCGAAAUAUUUACUAUGUUACAUAUGUAUGUAUGCAUAUUUACCUAAAGUACUGGCGCUGGUCGCUUAGUUUUUUCCAAAUUAAUGUAUUUAAAAUGAUAAUAUUUAAUAUUCUGCGAAUAACAUAUUUAAUAUCUGCACUUCAAUUCUCUGCGAAUACAAUUUUAUGCUUAAUUGAAUAAAACUUAAGA